ACGUUAUCUACCAUGGAACACCGAACGUUACGACGGGCCACGAAGAUACGCGCGUGGUGAUCAACAUCUUCAUGUCGGAGCAGGGCGUUUCUCGGUGUGCAUGGACUUCUUCCGCGUUGCUCACUGCUUCGCAAAAGGGCUGCACCGGAGCGGUUCUUGCUCUUGGCGCUCCUUGUUUGUAUCAAGCCAUGCUUAACAUUCCCAUCUCGUAUCUAUUCAUCGCGCGGACGACAUAGGAUGCAUGUGCACGACACGAGCUGCGUCUCGGAAACGGGGAUCGCGAUAAUUCCGCCCGGAUAUACCCAAGAACGCAUAAAAGGGGCGUGCUGAGACCGACGGAUCCUUGUCACUAGGCGCUCUUGUCUUGGUACCCUCACCUGUCUCGCGACUCGCAGCUCACCAUGUUCUUCCGCGCCGCCUUGCUCGCCCUAGUCUCCUCCGCGGUGGCCGUCUCCGCCACCCGAGGCCUCACCCUCAGCGUCUCCGGCCCCGAAUCUGUCGCCGAUGUUGAGAACCUUAAGAUCGUCACCACCGUCAAGAACACCGGUGAUGAGACCCUCAAACUCCUCAACAACCCCUCCUCCGUCCUGAGGAAGGCGCCCACCAACUCCUUCAGCAUUGCCGAUCACACCGGCGCGUCGCCUUCGUUCAAUGGCAUCGUGGUCAAGUACGCGAUGAACAAGGCGAUUGAGUCCGAGAAGGACACUUCGUUCACGAUCCUUGCUCCUGGUGCCUCCGUCUCCAUCGAGCACGAUCUCUCCGCCGCCUACAACUUCACCUCGUCCGGUAGCAGCACCUACAGCAUCGAGCCGUCGAACCUCUUCCACUAUGUCGACCCGGAGACCAAGCAGGCCGUCGCCCUCUACGCCGACGUCGAGCGCGCUCACGUCGCCGCCGUCUCGGGCAAGCUCGCCGUCGCGCGCCCGAUCCCGACGCUCACCAAGCGCGAGAGCUUCGUCGGCUGCUCCUCCUCCGAGAAGUCCGAGGUCUCCUCCGCUGCGACCGCCGCGCAGUCGUACGCCAAGGGCGCGUACAACUACCUCUCCACCAACACGGCCUCCACUCCGCGCUACACGACCUGGUUCGGCACCUACACCUCCAAGCGCCACUCCACCGUCCUCUCCCACUACUCCAACAUGAACUCGGCCUCCUACGCCGACUUCACGUACGACUGCUCGACCUGCGACGAGGCGGACACGUACGCUUACGUCUACCCUGACACCUACGGCAAGGUCUACCUCUGCGACGUAUUCUGGGAGACGACCACGACCGGCACCGACUCCCGCGCGGGCACGCUGAUCCAUGAGUCUUCGCAUUUCACCAAGAUCGCCGGCACGGACGACCACGUGUACGGCCAGAGCGCCGCGAAGUCGCUCGCGAAGAGCAAUCCUACCGAGGCGAUUGACAACGCGGAUAACCACGAAUACUUCGCGGAGAACAACCCUUCGCUGUCCUAAGCAUUUCAGCGGAGGGCGGUCGAAUUUGUGGCACGGUAACGAUCAGUUGACGAUAGUUGUUGUAUAAAAGUUGUACGGACACGGAAAUGGAAUCGGAUCUUGCAUUGCCUUC